AAACAAAGAUGAAAUAUUUGACGUUCGUUUAGAGGUUAGAUAAAAGGCUGCCGUAUUCGUUUCGCGUAUAGCUUCUCGUUUACGAAUAAUUGAUUUGAUCGUGCAUGUAGUGCGACGUGAUCAUCGGCCGUCAUCAUGAGUAAGAUGUAUUCGACGGCGAACCUGUCCGACAAGGAGCUGAAGGAACAGGGGAACCGUCUCUUCGAUCUGCACAAGUACGAGGACGCGGCCAAUUGCUAUACAAAGGCGAUUAUAAAGAAUCCAGACCAAGCAUUGUACUUCACAAAUCGAGCACUGUGUCACUUGAAAUUGAAACAAUGGGAAUCUGUCUGUAAGGAUUGCAGACGAGCCUUAGAUAUAGAUCCUUGCUUGAUGAAAGGUCAUUUUUUCUUGGGACUCGCCCUGCUGGAAUUGGAACUCUUUGACGAAGCUGUAAAACAUUUGCAGAGAGCUGUAGAUUUGGCAAAGGAACAGAAAUUGAAUUAUGGUGACGACAUCACCAGUGUAUUACGACAGGCACGUAAACGUCGUUUUCAAGUGAGGGAAGAACAGAGGAUUGCUCAAGAUAUUGAACUGCAGACUUAUUUGAGCCAGCUGAUUGUAGAUGAUGCAAAACGUAACUUAUCAGCUUUACAAGAACAGGAGACAAAGGAUUCCGAUACUGAUGCAAGUUCAACUGAAUUUGCUAUGAGAAAAGAGGAGAUUGAGGAGAAGAGAGAUACCUGCCUAUCGCGACUCAAUGAUCUCUUCGCUAAAGUCGACGAGAGGAGAAGGAAAAGAGAAGUGCCUGAUUAUUUGUGCGGUAAGAUCAGUUUUGAAAUCUUGCAAGAACCAGUGAUUACACCUAGUGGAAUCACAUACGAACGGAAAGACAUCGAGGAGCAUCUUCAGCGAGUUGGUCAUUUUGAUCCAGUUACGCGUGUGCGUCUUACGCAAGAUCAAUUAAUCCCAAAUUUGGCGAUGAAGGAAGUGGUUGAUACUUUCUUACAGGAAAACGAAUGGGCUUUGCAUUACUGAUGUCAAUACAUAAUUUACUGCCAUAGAUUUAUAUUAAGGCAAUGGUGAUCUUUAGCAAUGGAACGAAAAAAAUCGAUAUUUGAUAAAGAAAUUUAUAGAAAGAUAUCUAAAGGAAGAAAUCUCAAGAAAAUGUAAAGUAAUAGAGUAUAUAUUAUAAUGAGAAAAUGCUUUAUCUUGUUAUUGUUAAAUAUUUUUCUGAAAUAUGCCAUAUGAGAAACGUGAAAGUUAUUAUUAUUGAAUGUAAGUAUAGUAAUAGUAAAUAAUUAAUUAAAGUAAGGAUUAAUGUAAACUGAUACAGGGGACAUUACCAUAAGAGGAAAUAUAUAAUUAAUUGCA